UUGUGUAUAGUUCAUAAACUUUGUAUAUUAUUCCAUUAUGAUUCGUUGAUAAAAUAAAGUUCUUAAUUGUUGGUGUCAUAUAUUGUUUGCACGCAAUAUCGUUUAAUACGUAAUUAAUAGUGAGAACGCGUUCUGUGAAAAGGCGACGAUCUUUUAGCGGCACCGUCCGCCAUUAUUGGCGUUUGCACGGCGUUCAACAAAGUUUUCUGUCGUUUAUAGGAACGAAACCACGCCUAUAACCUGAAGAUUUAUACCAUACUAUGAUGGCACGCAGUCGUAAAGAUAGUACGGGUAAAAGCGACACCGAAGUCACUGAUAAAGAAAAUAAGAGGGAAAGAGGUAGAGAAAGAGAUAGAAAAAAGCGGGCUGGCUCUACAUCUAGUAGUGGCAGUAGUUCCUCAGAUAGUAGCUCAGGAUCAUCAUCUACAAGUAGUGGAAGUAGUUCCAGAUCAAGCUCUACAUCUAGUACUACUUCUACUAGUUCAGCAAGUUCUUCUGGAAGCUCUAGAGACAGAGGGAGAAAACGAAGUAGAAGCAAAAGUGUUGAUGCUUCACGUAGACAUGAUAAUAAAGAAAAAGAAAGAGAAAAAGAAAGAGAAAGAGAAAGAGAUAGAGACAGGGACAGAGAUAGAGAUAGAGAAAAAGAUAAAAAGAAGAGUAGUAAUUCUGUAAUUGAUAAACCAAAACCCAAAGGACGCUCUAGAUCACCUUCACCACGUAGAAAACGUAGGGAAAGAUCACCAAUUCCUAGACCAACAAAAAUACAUAUUGGACAUCUAACCCGUAAUGUUACUAAGGAACACAUUAUGGAAAUUUUUUCUACAUAUGGUCAGAUAAAAAUGGUCGAUUUUGCAAUGGAUAAGCUUCAUCCAAAUCAAGGACGAGGGUUUGCCUAUGUGGAAUUUGAAACAGCAGAUGAAGCUGAAAAUGCAAUGAAACAUAUGGAUGGUGGACAGAUAGAUGGCCAAGAAAUUACUGCUGCCCCAGUAUUAUUACCAAAACCACGACCAUUACCGAUGCGGAGAAUGUCACCUUUAAUGGGAAGAAGAGCACCCCCACGAUGGGGUGGUGGUGGUAGAAAUACUCCUCCUCGUUAUCGUAGACGUUCGCCACCAAUUAAUCGUCGUAGAAGCCCACGGCCACCAAGACGUAGACCAAGAACUCGAUCGCGAAGUCCCCCAAAUAAUCCACGACAUCGGCAUCGUCGCUACACGAGAUCAAGCUCAAGCAGUUCUCGAUAGCAACUUUUUUUGUACAUAUAAAAUAAGAACUGAAUUUGACCAAACUCAGUUCAUCCUGGUUGGUCGUCUUAAUAUAUUAAGCAAUUUUUACCGAUUCAUUCGAUCAUAUUGACAGGGAAGUGUAUGCACUCAAAAAUUUAAUACACUUGUUCACAACGGUGUUUAUGACAAUUCACGUUUUUGUCGAUGAUUAAAACACCGUUCGUGAUCUGCAAGUUCUGCUUUUGAAAUAUAUCAAUUUCACACGUGAUAA